GACGUAAGUAACGGUGUUAGAAGCCGCUAGUCACCAGUGUGGAGGUGGCGUCGUGAUGGGCACCAGACGUUUUCGUACCUCUAUAAACCACUCUUGCUGUAUCUUCGGCGCCAGUCGCAUACAACCCUACGUCGGCGCGCCGCCUGCUCGUCUAAACAUUCGCAUUGUGAUCGAAUCGUGAACAUGACAUAACGAAAUCAAGGAAAUUCUAUUAUUAUUGUGUGAAAGUGCUAACGUGAUUAAAUACUACUGUAAUUCGGAUUUCUUGGAGUUAAGAUGGCGAAGCUGCACCACGUAGUUCUUGGCAUUCUCAUCUUGCAAAUAUACGUCCAUGCUGCUCCCAAUGACGUCAGCAAGUUGGAAGAUAUUGCCAAAGUGGAACAUGCCGACUCCGAAGUAGAACAAACAGAGACAAAACUUGAAGCAGAACCGAAACUUGAUGAUAACCCAAAACUUGAUGCAGACCCAAAACUUGAUUCGGAACCGAAACUGGAUUCACAACCAAAAGAGAUCGAAAUUGAUGAAAACUUGACAGAAACGCAACGGCAAAAGAGAUGGUACAACCCUUACGGAUAUGGAUUUCCACCCAUUAACCCAUUAAUUUACCCCAGCCUCAAUAUAAGAGACGAAAACCCCAACUCAAGUUUCUAUGGGGGAGAAGAUCCUUUAGAGCAAAUACAUAAACGAAUACAAGAGAUAGCUCAUGCUGUUAGGCAGCCACCUAUACCACCUCCGACCCACUUCCCUAUAUUCUAUCCAGUGCUGUUUAUUCCCUCAGGAGACUGUAAUUGUAACCCGAGCACGCCACAACCCAAUACACCAGUAAGACCCCAAACUAACGGUACGGCACCAUCGGUAAAUAAUCGUUGGCCCGUAAUGGAAGACGAGAGACAGAACUGGGGUUUUGUGAUCAAUGAAACGGAUUCAGAUGAGGAUGAAGAUUUCAGUAGACCGAUUUCGUUUGAUCCUAUCAAAUUGGAUAGACCUAUGAGGCCACCGCCUCCUGUGGACCAUGGAACUGUGCAAAGCGAUAGUACGAACAAUCAAAAUCAGCCUAAUCAAGCUGAUGCUAGCCCCGGAAAUUCGCCUAUGAUGCCACAAACGACAAGACGACCUCCGAUUCCACCUUCAGUGCAGGGUAGACCUCCAUCGGGCUUAGCACCUCCCAGUCCCUGUGAUGGUGCCAUUCUAACUUGUUGUCAUCAGGCUCAAGUAGCCUAUGAUUGUUUCGCAGUUCAGGGCUGUCCCGACCUCACUGGUUACGGAAACCCGUGUGACCCAAGUCUUAUUCUACGCGUUAUCGAGAGGUUCCAGACUUACUAUGGACAAAGAAAAGGAUGGAAGGAAUUAGAAAUGGCGACCUACACAAUAAUGAUCAUAGCUACAAUGAUGGUUGCUCAAGCCAUCUGCAGGCCCGAGGUUACCAAAAACGCUAUUGGCAGUAAUGGCACUAUUAAACCUCCGGCCAGUUUAUCCUACAACGAACUGAGAUAUAUCUUACAAGCGAGGCAUGGAGUAGAUGUUCCUCAACCGAAAGUAUUAACACCAUGUGCUCGAGCAAUCCUCGGUUGCUGCAAGAAUAACCAAAUUAACGAGUCGUGCUCUGAAGCACUCCAUUGCGGAGCUUACUUCUUCGACGAUAAUCCUUGUGAUGAAAAAUUUAUACUGGACGCUUUGAAAGCAGCCAAGAGUUUCUACCAGCAAAUAAAUUAAAAUGUUUUGAGUGAAAUAAGUGCAAGACUGUGCUCAACUAUCCAAAGCGUGCUUCGAAACUCAAUGCCCUAAUCUGAUAGCCCUUUGAAUUCUUCGCUACAAAGGACGCGUCUAGUGAAACAUUAUUUAUUGGGUUUUUCUUUUGUAUUAUCGAGGCUGUUAUCGUAAACCUUGUUACAAUUAUUAUAAAUAUGCAUUUUUAGCGUGUGGCAAAAAUAUUUCUUCUAUGUAAGCAAAAUAUGGCUAUUGCCUUACGCGAAUAAAUUGCUUUCAUUGCUACGUAAACACUUUGUAAGUUUGAAUUAUGUUCUAGAUAGCUAAGAGAAAAUGUAUGAAAGUGGUCUCGCCUAAUUGCCGUGUAUACGUAUAGUAAGUAAGGUAGUGUUUGUGUAGUGUUAAUGUGUGCGUGAAUGCCUAGGCCUAGGGCUAUUGUGUAGGACUAAUGAAGUGUCCGCUCAAGUAAGACGCGAGAUAACGUAUCUCGGGUCAGAAUGAGCUAAGAAGUGGCUAUUGUUUGUACAUUAUAAUCAUUAAAUUAACUAAAUUCACACCUAACAACGGAAGUUUAUAAUCGAUAACAUUGUUCAGGAUCGAUUUCAGUGAAUAUAUUUUAUUUAUUUCAUUUCAUAGGGAAAUAUGAAAUUUCCUCUAAUUGGGUGUUAUCAGGAAAACGCAUUAUGUUGCUCUUAUAAAAAACGGCAUAAACAUUCAACUUAGAGAUAUCAGUAUAAUACGUAAUUGCGAGAAUGGCUAAUAUUAUAAUUUAUUCUAUAAGAUAGUUAGUUUUGUAUGGUACUAAAAAUAUUUUUUCUGAGAAUUAUUCGAUGUUUACCAUGACAUACUACAGAAUAUAUUUUAAACACUUAUUUCUAUGUAGAAACAAGAUUCCAAAGGGCCACAAAAUCCCUCAGUAAGAGGAUCGGCUUUGUAGCAUGACGUCACAGACUAGUUUGUACUCACCACUGCCAUUAUUUAUUGUAUAAAGAAGAUUAUAGGAUGAGAAAAAAUAUUCCCAUCAUACCUAUAAUCUUCUUAAUAAUUACUUUGUUUUUGUGACCGUAAAUACCCAAUAACUUUCUAUAACCGAUGAUAAUUACUCUUUGAUCGAAUCUUCCAGUGAUAGGUAUUACUAUUAAAUGCAUAUUCGUACAAAUUACCUAUAGUUAUAAGCAUAUAUUAAUAAAAUAGAUAAGAACAAAAAAGAACAAACUGCGCCUAUUUAUACAAAAAAUUAA